UGAAAUUAACCUUUCUACAUGGUAUCAGAGCCUAAAAAUCAAAAACCCUAAACCCCCCUCUCUCUCUCGUUCGGCCUUCUCUCUCGCCGUCAGCGCCGACCCACCCCCACGGCGGCUCUCUUCACCGGGGACACCCUCUCCCCCCUCGGCGGUCUUCUUCUUCCCCUCACCAUGGCCAAAAACAGCGAGGUUACUUCCCAAAAUAACUCCUCCGAACCUCCUCAUCUUGCUUUCACAACAAUCUCAAAUGUGAAACUUCAUGUCCCCGUUUCACUCAGUCUCUCCCAACCUAAUUACAAAAAGUGGAGCCGACUCUUCCUUCUUCUGGUUCGGCGGUUCAACCUCAAGGGCUACAUCGAUGGCUUCGUCGUCCUCCUCUCCGAUGACGACGACGAAUGGUUCAAACUUGACGCUCUCCUCCAGGGUUGGAUCCUCUCCACCAUCACUGAUGAGGUCUCAGAUCUGGUCAUCUCCUCUGUUUCUACUGCCUCUGCUCUCUGGAAAGUCAUCCACGACUUGUUCCACGACAACAAACAUGCCCGAGCUAUGCAAUUAAAGCAUGAAUUCCGCACGACGUAUCCCAACACCAACUCGUCCUUCAAAUGCUUCGUGGUCUCCCUGCCGAUCUCCAGGCACAAACAUCAUUCAUGCAAUUUCAGGAUCCCAUGCCCACGUUUCUGCAGGUUCGAUCCACCCUCAUGCUGCUCGAUCGACAACGGACGAGUCCCUCCGACUCGGGGACCACGGCGUUUCUCACGACCCGAGCCGGCGGCAACACCCACGGCGGCACUCCCGGCGGCUAUGGCGGACAUCAUGGCGGCACAGGCUCUGGGGAAGGCAACUCCGGGCAACAUGGAGGCUAUGAACGAGGACAAGGCCGUGGCGGUGGAACUCGGGGCAGAGGUCGCGGACGUCAAAACGGCUCACGACCGCGGCAAUCCUACGACAGCAACAAUGCCUGCAACUCACCGGCUUCUUCAGAGUCUCAUUCAGAAACUCAAGGCUGAGUUUGCCAUGACAGACAUGGGUGAUUUGCACUUUUUCCUCGGCAUUAAUGUUCAUCGCACUGCUCAGAGCCUUUUCCUCCAUCAGACACAGUUCACUCACGACAUCCCUGAGAGGGCAGGGAUGGUCUCCUGCCGCCCCAUAUCCACUCCAGUCGACACCAAGGAUAAGCUUUCUUCCUCCUCUGGCACAGCACUUCCAGAUCCUUCUCUUUACAGGUCCAUCGUUGGUGCUCUACAGUAUCUCACAUUCACCAGACCUGAUAUCACUUAUGCCGUUCAGCAGCUCUGCCUCCAUCUUCAUGCGCCCCGCGACUCUCACCUCACGGCCAUGAAGAGAGUUCUCUGUUAUCUUAGCGGCACCGCCACUCACUUUUUAUUGAAGAGAAAGAGAAGGGAGGUUGAUGAUUAGAAUGAGUGAUUUUAGAAAGAAAAAGUAGGUUAAGAA